AUGCCUGCUUCGACAUCAAGUAAAACCAUCGAUAUAAAGCCUCCCUACGGCUCACUGCCUGGAGGGAACUAUCGUGUUCCGGGACCUGGUGGAAUGUCUAAUGUCCAGGGACAGUUCACAGUCAGUACACCACAGCAGCAACAACAACAGCAGAGCUUUCAAAUGAUGCACCAACAACAAUUACCUAACCCACCUCAAACUCAGCCACAGACUGGAAGAAUAGCUCCUCAGGUUUAUUCAAAUCAACCGGGAGGAAGAAUUUAUCCUACACCUGGAUAUAAUCAGAUGUUAAUGCAGCCAGGUCAGUUCAUUGGUCAAGCUUGCUCUGGGGUAUUGCAGCCGGGUAUUAAUCAAGGAUUUGGACAGCAAGCAGGGAUCAUUCGUGGUAUGGCACCAUAUAUCCAAGCUCAACAGAAUCUAACACCAGAACAACAAAAGAAAUAUGCAGAGAAACAAAAGAAGCUUCUAGAAGAACAAAGGAAGAAAGAGGAUCAGGAGAGGAAAGAACGUUAUAGAGAAGAACAGAAGAGAAAAUUGAAAGAAUUUUCAUCAGGCGGCAGAUCUUCUAUUGGAUCUAAGAGCCUUGAUAUGGGAGAUCUAUUGUCAAAGAGUUUAAUGACAUCACAACAAACCAGCAUUGUUCAAACUCAAGGAAUGCACUAUCAACAUGGUAUGUCUUUGCAAUCAGUUAGUUUUAUACCGCAAGGUCAAGUGACUCCUGGGCUAGGUGUUGCCCAACAACAGACUUCUUCAGUAACAAUGACACAUUCUCAGAGUAUGGAUGGUGGAUUUAGUGGUUUUCAGAAGGCUGUACCAUUGACAUCUAGUGUGCAACAGGGCAAAGAAGAGGACUUUGGUGACUUUUUACAUGCCCCUUCAGAUUCAGGGUCUGUGGUUACCCAACCAGGACAAAUAGCUCAUGAGCCUAAAGUAGAGACACAAUUAUCAGAAGCUGAUGAUGAAAGCUUUGGAGAUUUCCUUGGAGGAAAUGAUGCCUCACAGAGUGAACAACAUCCUGAUAAGAUUCAAAUUGAAAUCCAUUCACAUUUAAAAUCAAAAGGAUCAUCAUUAGAGAACAUGAUGAUGCAGGCAACAGACCUCUCUGAAUCUAAGAAAGAGCGUAAACGAUUCAACCAAAAACCGUCACUCAAUGAAGUAAAAAGUUCUACAACUUUUGGGCCAAAGUCAGUAACCAGUUUCACAUCAAGUAACAAAUCUAGGUCAUGGCAACAUGAGAGUGAGGACCUGUCAACACUAUUUACCCUCCCCACUCCUGCCCAAAGUGGUGCAAUAGGACAGGGUGAUGUACAUGUAGGAGAAGCAGUACCUCAGCAACAGACUCCUAGACAGCUUCCAGCUUGGCUUCAGAAUGAGGCAUCAUUACCAGUAGUUUAUCACCAAGUACUUGAAGCAUCCAGCCAGGAGGGAGUUAUACAAACGAACCUUCUCUAUCCUAUUUUCCUUCUCUCUGGUCUUGACCGUUCAUUGCUUAGCCAUAUCUGGUCUGUUGUCAACUACACACUUCCUGGUCAGCUAGUGUCUCAAGAGCUUUACAUAGCAUUAGCUCUCAUUGCCCAAGCUCAGAGAGGUCAUGAAGUAUCUAUAUCAGCUCUGUGCAGUGUAUCAGAAGCACCAAUUCCACAACUCAAUCAAGUUGGACAACCACCUCAAUCACAAUCUACUCUACAACAACCAGGCAUUGCAUCUCAACAUCAACAAGAAACAGAUACUACUACUACUGCUGCUAAUGCUGGUACUGAUACUGCUGGUGCUGAUGUGGGUGAUGUUGCUGUUGAUGAUAACUUUGCUCCAUUCCAGGAAGCCUCCAGAUCUACAUCUUCUACUGCUCCUACAGUACCAGCCAUACUCCCUUCAAUUAGCAAAUUUGCAUCAAGUAGUAAUAAAUCAGGAAAUAAGACUGCAUCUACUACAUCAUCUCUUGUUAUACCACCCUCAUCAAGUUCAUCUAAAACCUCAUCAUCAGGAGCCUACAUGCAAGGUUAGUAUGGUAUACAUAAAGCUUUGUGUCCUUGGGGCAAUGGGUUUAGGCUGAGGGUUAUAUAUAACUUUGUUGAGUCUGUGUAAGAACUCCCUUGAUACUUUUACCCUUCACAUGUCCGUAAGAACGUCCUUAGCGCAAAUUGUUUUUCUAAGGGAGUUAUUGCACCGACAUGAAAAAUUAUUAUAUCAAUCCAGCUAUAUGUUAUUAUUAUUCUGAUUGAUUUGACUCUUAACCCUAACUUACCUGAGUUAUUUUGUGAGCGUCAAGUCGGGGGUGUGGGGGGUGGCUUUUAGGCAUCACAUGAUCGUGAAAAAAAAAUUGCACGAAGGUAGAUAAUGAUAAUAAUCUAUGCCAUUGCACAGGAAAAUUCCACAAAAUUCAUAUAUUUUUAAAAUGAAUGAAUUAUGCUAAUUUAUUCAUGAAAUCACACUUUUUGCUCUAACUUAACCCUAAAUAGACUGGGCUAUUUCAAUGCCUAAGAAGAGGGGGGGGGGUGGCUGAUUCACCCCCCCCCAUGAUCUCGGCUGUUGAUUGCGCGAAUGCGACAAAUAUUGGAACACGCGCUACCCAUGGCGUAAUCUACAAAACAGUCAGAUCAAAUUCUGCGAAAAUCUCAUUGCUAAUUGAUUAUGCUUAUUUAUGCGUAAAAUCAAAAGUUUGCUCUAAUUAAUUGAAUAAUGCCCCUAAAAUGCUAAUUUGUGGUUCACAGAUUCUUUAUAGGAAUCUGAUCAAAUGUACUUUAAAAGAAUUUCAACAUCACAUUUAUUUUCUUUGUAUUUUAGUGUUUUCUAAAUUUCGAAUGCAUUUAUUGUUUUUUUACUUUUUGUUUUUUAUUGUUUUUUUCAAUGGAAAAUGUCGGGGACUUUAUUUUGACUAUAAAAAAGUUGAAAUUAAUUGAUUUUAAUCAGAGAAAGGGAAAAUGAUACAUGAAUUUUGGCUAAAAACACUAUUUGGAUUGGAUUUGUACACAAAUUCACGUUUUUGAGCAAUUUGGGGUCUGCAUGCACUUGUGAAACGUUGCAAAAUUUCAGUACCGUGUACCCGGGGGUCACAAUUUUGGUCUCAAAAAUUGUGCGAGACUUGCCAGUAAAAAGUCUGCGAGAGACGCAGUAAAAAAAAUUUGCACGGCAGAUUUAUCGCGAAAAAUGCUGAGAGGGGUUGAAUCAGCCCCCCUGUCUUAUUAGGGUUAAAAUAUUGUUGUAGAGUACCUGCAAGAUUCCCUCAUGACUUAUAACUUGACAACUGUUAAUCAGUUGGACAUGAGGUGACAUGGUGAGGUCAAAGGUCAUUCAAGGUCAAAUGUUCAAGUUUACUGGCAAGACUCUUAACUAUACAAUUAACUUUACAACCAUGGCUCCCUUUUCUACUUUACUGGGGUCUUAGAUGCACUAUGGGAGCCUUUGUGUUGUAGUCCUGUCUGAGGUUUUCUGCUGAGGUCAGAUAUCAUUUGAGGUCAAAUGUUAAGAGUCUACGGGAAAGACUCUCUUAUAAAAAAAUCAUUUUGCAAGUGUUUCUUUUCUUUUCAAAUAAAUUUUUGUCAUAGAUGCACUUUGGAGACCCUCAUGUUAUAGUGGCAUCAGAUGUCAUAUGGUAUUGGCAAAAUUUCAAACUACCAGAACCCUUAAGCAUACAGAUUAAGUCAAUUCCAAUUGUAUUUUCCACCUGUCCAUUGUCUUAUUUGGUUGCCAUGGCAAUAGCUUGAAAUGUAAUUUAUACAUUUAGCAACCAAAAUAUCUUUGUUUAGCACUGUAAAAUUAGGGGAAAUUAAAGAUAAAUCAUAUUCUACAACGUUUUUUUAAUCAAAAUUUUUAUUUUUCUGGGGAAAAACAAGCCGUUGCCAUGGCAACGGACUAAUUGGAACUAUCUUGGUGAUCUUGAAUAUUUCUGAAUUUCAUAUGUAUUCAAUUGGGAGCCUGAAAAUUAUCAUUCUGGUCAUCUAUAUCAUGUUUAUUUACCAUUUACAUGGGAAUGUACAUGUAUGUUACUUUGGAGAAAUUAAUCCGUUGCCAUGGCAUUUAUAAAUUUACCUCCCAUCUUUAAAAUAAAUCUUACGGCAUAUACUAAUACUUGUGAAAGUUUCAUGCUUUAGUCAAAAUUUGCACAAUUAUUGUGAUUUUGGGAGCUUAUCCGCUCUACUAAUAUUGCUGUUUGGAUUCACAGAUUAUUGACAAGGGCUGUUUUGUCAUUGAAGGGCUUUUCAGUUUUUACAAGAGAUUCUCUGUGUUAUAGAAGGCGUCUGUGUAGUGAUUGCGAAAAUCCUCUGUCGAUUUAAUUUGUACCAUCCCUUUUCUAGAACAUCCUGUAGCUAUAUGAUUUUUUUAAAAUGAAGUCCUGAUUUUUAUUACUGAUACAUCCAGAUAUCAAACUCUGAACACAAGCGGUGGAGCAGAUGGUUAUCCUCUGUUCAUGAGGGGGAAAUACAUAUUGUUGCACCCACGCAAACACAAAAGAUAAUCCUCUGCUCUGCUGCCCUCAACCCUGACACAUUUCUUUUUGCCAAGAACUACAGUAAACUAUUCCUUGCACUGGGUAUUACCCCUGGGCCCCAUUGUAUAAGAAUUAUGAUUAUGGUAACUUUGCAAUACCUUAUGACCAUGGUAAUGAUGAUCAACAGCCAAUCAAAAUCAAGGAUUCCAUGCAAGUUACCGUUUGAUGGCAAAUUUACCAUAAUGGUAAGUUUUAUGCAACAGGGCCUUGAUAUGUGAGAGUUAACGCCUGACAUAUGUUCCCUAUUUGUUUGGCAUGGGUAGAGGAGAAUUGCUACAUCUUUGCCAAUUCUCCUGCCCCCUCAAGUGGGCGGAGCUCUCCUUUUAUCUGGGACCAGAACACGAUUUACGACAAGUUGACCACACGGUCAUAUGACUCGGCUUCCUCAAGUUCUCUUUCAGGUUUGUGAAGUUGAUCUAUUGUUUCAUGGUAGUCACCCGUUGGUCUUACAUCAUGCAUGAUUUAUUCCCUUGUACUUCUGUGGGAUCGUUUUUAUUGUUGCAUUCUAUACUCAACUUAUGUUUUAUGAGUCUUUAUACAAAUAGUUUACAUUUGUGAAAUAUAUUUCUUCACUGUGGUAGUAUUGAUAUUUCUCACUGGUUUCUAGCUAGCAUUUUGUAAGGUGUUAAGAAGAACAACCAAAUCUUGUUAUUUUGCUAUUGAUUAGUUUAGCUCGGAAUUAAGUCUCUAGAAAGAAAAAUGUUGAAAUAUUGUGCAUGUUGAUAUUGUUAUGUUGCUAUCCAUCACUUC